AUGGAGAAGAUUGUGUUCUUCGAGGACCGGGACUUCCAGGGAAAGUCCUACGACUGCAAAGGCGACUCGCCCGACCUGCAGGGCUUCGUUCGCCGGUGCAACUCGGUGAAGGUGGAAGGAGGCUGGUGGGUUCUGUACGAGCGCAACAGCUACACAGGCUACCAGUAUGUCAUCGGUCCCGGGGAAUACAACGAGUACCGUCGCUGGAUGGGCUUCAACGACUGCGUCAGGUCCUGCAGGAUCAUCAAGAACGCGAAGGGGCCGCACAAGCUGAAGCUGUUCGACCGGCCCAACUUCGACGGUCAGUCUCUGGAGCUGUCGGAAAACAUGAAGGCCAUGCAGGAGAAGUGGACGAGGCAAGAAGUCCAGUCCUGUAAAGUCCUGGACGGCUCCUGGGUCUUCUUUGAACAUCCCAACUUCUGUGGUCGUCAGUACCUGCUGGAGAAAGGCGAGUACAAGCACCACUCGGAGUGGGGAGCUCUGAAAGCGGCUGUGGGCUCCAUCAGAAGAAUGACGGAGAAAUGA